AUGAUUAUGCCACUGCCGGUAGCGGCUCCGCUUCCCACUACCCGAGAGUUGGCCGCCCGUGCGAUCCUCUCCACCAGUGCUCUCGUAAGUCAAGUCCCCGUCCAUCCAGCAGUCUCCGUGACACAGCCGCAACAAAAAGAAGAGCCACUCCCAGUAACCCAACUGAAGGCUAUUUUCGCACGAUCCGAAACUGGUCAGAAGAUCUUGCAAAGACCGAACCGAUGCAUGUUCAGUAAACCCAGUCCCGAAGCCACGGACGCCUACGAUUUGGAAGUCGUCAAGGCAAUACGGAACAACGAAAUCGAGAAACUGCGUGCACUCCAAAGAAAUGGAAAAAGCCUAGAUGCUUGCAAUCGAUUCGGCGAGUCCCUCAUCCAUAUGGCCUGUCGACGGAGUGAUUUGGGCAUGGUCAAGUUUUUAGUCGAAGAAGCCGGAGUCCGAGUGGACGUCCGGGACGACUUUGGCCGGCUCCCACUCCACGAUGCCUGUUGGACAACGUUGCCAAAUUUUGCAGUUAUGGACGUGUUGAUCAAAGCUAGUUCACCUGCGCUACUCCUUUCGGAAGAUGUACGAGGGCACACACCUUAUCACUACGCUAGGCGAGAGCACUGGACCGACUGGGUUCAGUUCCUGAAUGACAGGGAUCAGCUUAUUACCCAGAGACUAUGUGCCGCCAAAAUUUUGGGGUAA